AUGCAGGGCCUUCUGGUUUUGGUAAUAUGCUUGUCUUUGACAGAUAUCCUGGUGGCAAGGAAAUUCCAGCUUCCUGUUGAAUGGGAUGAAAAGCGAGAGCUUGACAAACUUGCAGAAGAUUUACGCGGUCUCGAGAUAUCCAAUCCCAAAGGUCAGGUUAGAAUCGCCAGAAGUGCAAGACAGAAGCGACAGAGCAAUUCUGAUGAACAAGAAUUCCUAGACGCUCAUAACGAUGCAAGAUCCAUUGUCAGCCCUACCGCCUCAAAUAUGAGAAAGAUGAAAUGGAGUAAUGAGUUAGCCCAAGUUGCUCAGAACUACGCCAACAAAUGCAUAUGGGGCCAUAAUUCGGCACGAACUACGGAGACUAAGGCCCUGACCUCUCAGUUCAGCUAUGUAGGCGAGAAUCUCUACGUCACCUCCAGAAGUUAUGUUAAUCCUAGUUCUGCUGUGGAAUCCUGGGAUAGCGAGAAGAGUGACUAUACAUACAGUAACCUAGCAUGCGCGGGAGUGUGUGGCCAUUACACCCAGGUAGCUUGGGCAAGCUCGGAGUAUGUAGGAUGUGCCACUAGUACUUGCUCUUCCUUUUCCGGAUUAUCCAGCUCCUUCAACGGAGGAACAAUUGUUGUCUGCAAUUAUGGACCCGGAGGUAAUUACAAUGGCCAGAAGCCGUACAAGUCUGGAACUUCCUGCAGUUCUUGUCCUAGCGGUUACUCUUGUUCAAAUAACCUUUGCACUGAUGGUAGCGAUGAUAAUGGUUCUGGGUCUUCCUCUGGGUCUAGUGGGUCUUCGUCUGGAUCUGGCUCCUCAUCUAAUACCGGAAGUAGUGGUUCUACGUCAACAAAUACCGGCAGCGGUGAAACUCAAAAUGAGGAUUGUUAUACGGGUGAUGGGUCUAACUACCAGGGUACGGUCAGUACAACGGUCAGUGGGAAAACUUGUCUGGUCUGGUCUAGUGUCUUCUCCUCCCUUCCUAACAACAACUACUGCAGAAAUUACUUCGCUGCCUACGGGUUUACCAAACCUGUUUGUUACAUGAGGCCCGGCACUUACUACGUAGAAUCCUGUGGGAUCCCCAAGUGCAGCAAGAAAUGAACAACGUAUUUGUUAUGAUCUGAAGGCAAUAAAUGGACUGCCC